AUGCCUGCGCCUUACAUGCGCCACGUAGCACAGAGUCAAGCUCGACUACAAACUUUCAACUCGACCGGGAAACCUCGUCUCUGGUCUUGGCCUCUGUCACAACCCCAGGGUUCUGCUGACACCGGGUCUCUCUCUAGCCGCCCAACCGCCUGGGCGCAGUGUUGCAACACCCCGGCUCACCGUUCUGUAUGGACGCUGGGAAGCGUUGAGGAGUAUAGCAUGAGUUUCUCGGAGAGGCCUGUCACUUCGUUCCGUGAUUCUUUAGAAUCCACUGACACAAACGACGUUUACAUGCUCUCCGCAAGAUCGUCGCUUCGAAACUAUUGGCUAUUCUUGGACGUCAGUCACCGACGUCAUAUGGCUGCCCGAGUCGUUGAUAUUGGCCUUGCCAACUCUCGGUGUACGGCUGUGGCUCGGUCGAGGACAGCUGCACUCUCGGCGCCGACAUUCACGUCGAGAUCUCGGGGCACGCUCGCUGGAACGCAUCUCACUGCAGCCGACCCGUCGCUGCUGAGGACGAGAGGGCUGCACACUCUGCAACGGGCCAAGAGACGGCACCUCACACCGAAGAAGGCUUCCAGACGUCCUACCAGUGCAUACUGCUUGGUACAGGUGACAUACACCUUCCGAAACAGUCAAGCGCCGGUAAUCUCGUGCAUGCACAUCGGCAGCCUAUUGGGUACACUCGCAGCAGCAUAUCGACCUGCGUUACAGAUACCGCUCGCAGCGUCUUUACCAAUCUGGCAGACUGCAGUGCCUCAAACUAGGAUGCGCAUCUGA